GGGCGCCUGGUCGCGACGUUCUGUCACAAGAUCACGUGACAAUAUCGUGACACUCAGUCUCGGAGGCAGGUGGGCCGGAAGUAGCCGGGGCAUAUUUGAGCCUGUAGUUUCAGAAACUUUGCGAGCGGGGAAGAGCCAGAGGCCUUACGUAGAUGCUAGAUGACGGACGCGUGUAAUGUGUCGGUGAAGAAGCAAUCUGGGUUGGAAUCGCCUCACCAUGUCCUGCGUCUAAUGAACCAAUUGUCCGCAUCCAUGUGACGCAAAUUUGAUGGUCAUUUGAUUGCCCCAUGGCCAAGGACUCGCGCGGCUGCAAGUGCUCCAUCUAUGGCAGAACUUGUGACAAACCCCGGUUCCGGCUCCGGCUCCGACAUCAAGCGGGAUAGGGACCGAGAAAGGGAACGCGACGAUGAACGUUUAGCCGCUUGCUUUUCGUGCAAAAGGUCGAAGUUGAAGUGCGUGAGGACGAAUGGGUCGGCCACUUGCAAUCGUUGUCGGCAGAGGCGGAUCGACUGUGCUGCUCCUGCAUAUCACGUGGGGCGGCACAAAGGGGUGAAAAAUAAACACUCUGGACUCGAAAAGGCUGUGUACCAGAUCGAACAGGCGCUGAAGCGGGGGCCGGGUCCCGAUCAGGUCCAGAAUCUGGAGCAAGCCUCGGAGCUGCGGUUUUUACUGGAAAGGAGUCGAGAGCUGCUAGGAAGCUCUUCUGGUGCGAACCAGGGCAUUUCGGGCGAGUACUCGGCGUCGAGCAAUGGCGAAAAGGACCAGAGGUCCUCACCACAUCGGACCGAGACGUCGCUGCACACUCCUCGAUCACAGUCUGGCGGCCCCCAUAUUGAGGACUCCCCGGCGCACAAGAUCGAAAGCGACCAGCUGAAUCUAGAUGAUGCGGAGAAUCCACUACAGUUACUGGCGCGCACGUCUGAGCUGCUGUCGUCAAUAUCACGGCAAGCCUCUGGACCUGGGGCUAGCAGGUUUGCCUCGAAGCCCACCGCGGCUGUCAGGGGCUUUGGUCUUUCGGGUGAGCAUGAUCACGACAUCCAGAGCUUCUUUGGCCGAUUCCAACCACGAUUGGAUAUUGGAGCGGAGUUGGAUCCCAUUGAACUUGGUCUUAUGUCUCUUGCCGAGGCCGAGUCGUUGUUCUCAUAUUUUUACGAUAAACUUGCGCACACGCGCUGGGGGAUAGACCCCGUGAUACACACCGUUGGAUUCGUACGGGGUCGGUCCGCGUUCCUGCUUACAUCCAUAGCAGCCGCGUCGGCAUUAUUCUCGCCCUCUAUGGAGUCUCUUCACAAGCGGCUCUCCAUUCAUCGGCAGAAACUGGCCAGCCUGGUCAUGGCGAACCGGUAUAAGUCGGUUGAGAUUAUCCUCGCUUUCAUGGUAAAUAUCCCUUGGAUCUCAGCGGGAGAGCAUUGGGCCGACGAUGAGACGUCGACAUACAUCUCCAUGGCUUUGACCAUCGCAUUGGACCUAUCCCUAAACAAGAUCAUUCUGCCGUUAUAUCCAGAUGCCCGGACACCGAGGGAUAGCGUGGCGAGUUCCGACUGCAUAUCCGCUACCAAGGCCCUCGGCAUUGAUGGUUUGGGGCAUGUUGAUCCCAACUCCUUGGCGGGCAAAAGGUUUGUGAGGAGGAGGGAACGGACAUGGUUGUCACUAUUUGUUCUCGAAAGGGGCAUCUGCUUAGCGCGUGGAAGAGACAAUGUUCUCCCAAUGUCGCCACUUAUUACGACCUGUGAUCAGUGGCACUUGUCGGAUUUAGCAGACCGGUGGGAUGGAUCCAUUGUGUCGGUCGUUGUUUUACGGAGAGAUCUGGCCAACCUCAUUGCCAGAGUACGAGCAAUAUGUGACGCAUACGUAGACACCAAGGACGGCGACUCGAUUAUCGUGGACAGGUUAAAGGGGGAGAUCACACAUUUCUUUGACAGAUGGUACCAGACCUGGCCACUCCAAAUAGGAGAUCGAGAGCAACUCUCCUUACCUCCUUACGUCGAGAUCCUCGCCUCCCAUACCCGCCUGUCCAUGUACAGUAGCGUCGUAAACCACACCACGGCGCCCAUGUCAGCGCGUCACUUCUUCCGCGCAGCAGGCCUCUCUUCAGCCCUCAACGUGCUCCGCGUCGCCGUUCAAGGCGAGGGCCAGCUGAAGACCAUGCCCAACAAUACGGCCAUCAUGAUCUCAUUCGCAGCCUGCUUCGCGCUGAGGGUCAGCACUGUCGCUGAUGGCCGGGGAUCCAGUCUUGCCCCGAGUAUCCGCACCCUCAUUCUCGAGACGACUGACGUGCUCGACCGUAUUGGCGAGACCCCGGUCCAGAGGAAAGGCUUAUCGUGCUUGUUCGCCCGGCAGCUGAGGGAGAUACUCAAGCUCGCUACUCGUGGACAAAUGGAGCAGCCGGCAAGUAGGGACCCGCAUGCUUAUCCUCAUCCGCAUGUUCAUGACCAUAAUCAGGCCCAGGGGCAGGUUCAUGGGAGAGUGGCGGGAUACCCGGCGCACAUGCAUGCGCAUAGUCAUGUUGCACAGAACCCGGUGGCGGUAGAUAUGCCACAAUCAAGCGUGCCGCCAGAUUACCUGCUGUUCUCGACCAUGUCGAACGACCAGCUCGAUGAGGCCAUCAAUAACACAGACGUGGGUCUCGAGGCCCUAUGGGAGGAUUUUCAAUUCCAGAAUGGAACGGAUUUGGAUUGGAUGGACUGGUCCACAUUUGCAUAGAGUAUAUCGGCGUUCUGGGUGGGAAAGAACGCAUCGUCACCCUUAUCUAGGUAUGCUUUUUUUGUUGGAGUAACCUUGUUCUGCAUUGUGAUACAAUUAUGAUCUGAGAAUCU